AUGAAGUACCUUAACCUCGGCCUUGUUGCCCUUUCCUCCCUCUUCGCCAGCGCCUACGCGGCCCCCGCCAACGCCGUUGACGGUCUUGUUUCCGACAGCAACAACCUUCCCGCCCUCAAGAACGCCCCUGCCACUCCCGACGUUCCCGUUCUCUCUGAGUUUCCCGGCGUCUCCGAUGCCACCGACAAGGUGAACAAGCGCGCCCAGAUCGUCCACACCAAGGUCCAGUAUACCUACAUUGAGGUCAGGAAGCACUGUGGUGCCAUCAACGAGACCGUUGACAACACCCCCCCCGGCCAGGUCCAGCAGAAGAAGGCGGACAUCAUCAAGCUCGUCAAGUCUGAGGUCGCCAUCAUCGUCAGCCUCAUCAACACUCUUAUCACCGACGUUGUCGAGCUUCUCGGCGAGAGCACCGAGAUUGUCGGCGACGAGAAGGACCAGAUCAUCAGCUCCGUUCUCCAGCUUGUCUUUGAGAUCCUUUGCACUCUGCAGAAGGUUAUCAAGGUCCUCGGCAUCACCAUCUUCGAGCUCCUGGGUCCUCUUGUCUUUGUCCUCCUCUCCGUCGUCUGCCAUCUUCUCACCACCCUCAACACCAUCGUUGCAGGCCUUCUCCAGUGCGUUCUGUCCACCCUUGGCGGUGUCAUCGGUCUCCUUCUCGAGGUACUCAGCGGCCUCCUGCCUACCGUCCUCGGCCUUGCCGGUGGCAUCCUCGACAAGCUCAACCUUGAUGGCCUCCUCUGCAACCUCCUCUAG